AGUUGUUUUCAAGUAUUUAAAUAAAAUAAUAUGCCAUUAAAAUGUGUAGGUAAUAAGUACCUUCCUUCAGGUGAAGAUUAAAUAAAUUAUAAAUAAAGAUCUUGAAUCGCGGUGCACGGAAUGGUGGCCAAGAGUGUCUAGCAUAACUACAGAUGCCAGGCACGUAGCCACACACAUCCGCACUUGGCCAGAAGCUCAAGAACACACGGCAGUCAACAGAGGCAGUCAAAGUCGCCAUCGCCAUAGCCAUAGCCAUCGCCGUAUCCACCGUCGUCCGUCAGUCAGUCAUUAAGGCUAAACAAAGUUCAAAUACCCGUCACUGUCGCUGACGCAGAACUCAGUUCAGCUCGGCUCAGUUCGGCUCAGAUGGCUAAGAUGGCUAAGAGAGUGGCCGAGACAACCACUGACAUUUCGUUGUUACCUUUUUGGCCAAAGUGGUUAACACAUUUACACAAAACUGGGCUCUGUUGUGCCUCACCUUUGCGGCUCCGUGUGGAAGAGCGGAUAUGCCAAGAGCGUUAAGAGCUGGCUCAAACAAAAAAAACCUGGCUCAGACGUUUCUUACCUGCCCAAGCGAACGGACGCCGCGAUCGCUUGGUUUCUGAUUCGUUUGAUCUGUGCAGUCGGUCGGUUGUCGGUGGUCGGUGGUCAAUAGUCGAUUCUGCCCUAGGGAACCGUCUCAAUUUAAGGCAAAGUGUAGCGAAUAUUUGUGUUUUUGUUAUUGUGCGUGAUUGACGAAACCAAAUCAAAACAAAUUGAGACCUCAGCAAGCAACCAGUUUGGUUAUUAUAACAACGAAGUUGCAAAAGGUUCAUAAUGAGACGACGCAAAGUGCUCAUCUGCUGGGCUGCUCUGCAGGCGGGCAGCUCCAUCCUCACCUGCCUGCUCCUCCUGCUGACCACCGGUCACAAUCCGCGCCAGGUGGCGGCCGGAAUUGUGCCACCCCCAUGGAGUGAUCCCUCAAAGAAUCCCUGCGCCAGUAUGUCUGGUGGCUGGCAGUUACUCUACUGGGCGCCACUAAAGAAGUGCUUCAAGAUCUUCACCCUUGGCUAUCCGUGUCCGGAAACCAUGGAGCUCAGUCCCACAGCUGUCAGUGCCAAGCGAAAGGAUCUCCCGGCGGCCGAGUGCCGCUGUCCUCCGGGAACAGCACUCAGUCCGCUGGCCAACAACGUUUGCUAUAAGUUGUACGAGAGGGGACCCUGCCAACCCGAGGAGUACUUCCAACCCAUGCCGGAUCAGACCAAGAGAUCCGGUAAUCGAUGGGGCACUUGCAAGCGACCACUCCAUUGUCCGGAGGACAAGAUCUUCUGGCCGAGGGACAACAAAUGCUAUGCGAGGCAUGCCAAAGGACCUUGCAGUCGGGGAAAACUGCUCGUCCGAAACGAGGACGGACUGGCCGAAUGCCGCUGCGAGAACGAGGGCGAGCUGUCCUCGUUCUUUUAUCCGGCCGAGGAGUCCUGCUACGAGCACUACACCAAAGGACCCUGCUCGACGCCGGGUCACAUCUUCUUGCCAGGCGGCCGAUGCGACUGCCAGCGGCACCUGCCGCACUAUCAUGCUCCGCAGCAAAUGUGCUACGAGCUGGAUACUCCUGGUCCCUGUCCACCUGGGCACAUCUUCCGCAUACCCGACGAUGUCCAGGAGACGACUGGCAGUACCCUGCAGCUGCUGCCGCGCGCAAAGUGCCAGUGCAAGGAGGGCUAUGUUCCCUGGAGCGACGGCAUCUGCUAUCGCUUGUACACCCGGGGUCCUUGCGGCGCCAACGAGUUCCUGGUCAACGGGACCAGCUGUGUGCGCAACUUUUGCGGCAAGAACCGCCUGUACUUCCCGGCGGAGGACUCCUGCUACAGGAUCGGAUCUCAAGGCCCCUGCGCCCUGCAUCAGGUCGUGAUCUUCGACUUCACGGCCCGGCCGUCCAUCGAUGGCAUCUCGUACAACGGCAUGUGCGGCUGUUCCGGCGUGCUAACCAAUCUGGACCAGCAGUGCUCGGGCGAGGGUGCCGAUAGGGAGCAGAACAUAUGCGAGUCCACGCCCGGCAUGGUGGAGAUCAAUGGCCAGUGCCACAAGCUGUACAGCCGAGGACCCUGCGGGGCGGGCCAGUGGCUGGAGCCGCUGAAAACGCAAUCAUCGAACGGCACUUCGAUGAUCUUGGCCCAUGCCAGCCGGGCCAAGUGCGUCUGCCGACCGGGCUACACGCCCGCCGAGGCCGAUCAGCGCGGCCUGAGCAACUGCAGCGCACCGAGCGUCAGCCUGGCGAGGUAUUUAACCAACGAGCGUCUCAACUCGAAGUUCCUCAAUGAUCUGCAUCUUGUUGGGGCCACCUGAGUGGUUACCCCCAUCUUCAAGCUAUCCUCCUUCGCAUGCCUACCUGUUUCCCUCUGUUUCUACACGUUUUCCCCCUGUGAUUUCUGUGUGUUGCAUGCUGCGUGUUAUUCUUUCGAUCCGAUCACUUGUUAUUCAAUUAACCAUUUUGUUUUAUUUUUAGGUGGUUUUUAGAAAUAUUCGGUUAACGUGUUCGAUAGGAAGAGAUUGUGCCAUGAAUGUAUUACAUCGACUUAUGUACGAGUCUUAUUUAAGGAAACUCCCAAUAAGGCAAAAUAAAAAAUU